GAACCAUCAUCAUCACUGCCAUAAAAACUGAGGCCCUCAGAUUUCUUUCCCUCUCCCCCUCCUCCUUCCUCUUCCCCCCUCCCGCUUUUUAAACCCUGGGCCCUGGAAAAGCCAUGAAUUUUGAAUUUGAGAGGGAGAUCGGGUUUAUAAAUAGCCAGCCUUCGCUCGCAGAGUGCCUGACGUCUCUUCCCGCUGUCCUGGAGACAUUUCAAACUUCAUCAAUCAAGGACUCGACAUUAAUUCCUCCUCCUUUUGAGCAAACCGUCCUCAGCCUGAAUCCUUGUUCCAGCAGCCAGGCAAGACCGAGGAGCCAAAAAAGAGCAUCUCAUGGCCUGCUCCAGCUCCAGCCGCAGCCUUCGGCACAGCCCGGCCCCUUGGCAGCGGAAUUCCCCUGGAUGAAGGAGAAGAAAUCCUCCAAGAAAGCUACCCAGGCUCCAUCCUCUUCUUCCUCCUCUUCCCCCCCAUCAUCUUCCUCGGUGCCGGUCCCUGCCGCGGGAUCUCCUGCAGACAUCCAGGGGCUAGCGGACACCAGCGGCUCCAGGAGGCUCCGGACCGCGUACACCAACACGCAGCUGCUGGAGCUGGAGAAGGAAUUUCACUUCAACAAAUACCUCUGCAGGCCCCGGCGGGUGGAGAUCGCGGCUCUGCUCGACCUCACCGAGCGGCAAGUCAAGGUCUGGUUCCAGAACCGCCGGAUGAAACACAAGAGGCAAACCCAGUACAAAGAAAACCCCGACGGGGAUCUCGCCUAUCCCAACCUGGACGAGGGCAGCGACCCGGCGGAGGAAUCUGAGGAGAGCCCGGCUUUCGGGCCGGCUCCGGAGCCCGGCGGGGCCUACCAAAUGCAAGAGCUGAGCAUCUUCUCGGCAGAGUCCUGCCUGCAGCUCUCGGAGGGGCUUUCCCCCAGCCUCCAGGGCUCCCUGGAGAGCCCCGUCCACUUCUCCGAGGAAGAUCUGGACUUUUUUACGAGCGCACUUUGUACUAUAGAUUUGCAACAUUUAAAUUUCCAAUAG